AUGAAUGUUGAGAGGGCGAAGGGGAAUUUGAUAGGACGUAUUGUGCAGGAUCGGAUUGAUGGUUUGAUUAAGCGGAAGUUUUACCGGAAGCAGAUUCGGCAGCCGAAGUUGGGGAUGGAUCUGAGAACGUGUUUGGAUGUGACUGAACCAGCUACGGUCUUGCAUGUGGUGGAUUUCACGUCCGUGUUUGUAUUAAGUGAUUAUUCUCGAGAUGACCUGCCAUUUGCUGCCAUUGUGGAGUUGGUAACGGGAUUCCCUUUGCCCCGAUUUGAUGGAGAAACAAAGAUUCGUGGAGUGCUGGGGAACAACGAGUGCUUGAUUGAUCUGCAUUUUUCAGAUAACUGUUUAUACGGAACCAUCCCCUGGACCGUCGCCAACAACCCGGAUCAACGGAUCUUACGUCUCAGCCUAAGUUUGGUGAUGAUGAAUGACAAAGAAGUCAUACCCAUCUACAUCCAGAAGUCAUCCAAAACAAGUGGAAUCGCAUUGCUCGGUGCCGACCAACUGGGCGCUGACCAACUGGCUGACCAGCGACAAGUUAGUGACGGUCGACAAGUUAGUGACGGUCGACAAGUUGGUCGACAAGUUGGUGACGGGUGUUUCGAUGACGAAGACGUUUUGCACGCAGUCCCGUGUUAUUUUAUUCAGCCAGAGGGAGGCGGCCGGAUGCCAAGUCUGAGGGGACCAUUGGCGGGAGCGGUGGAGGAGAACCUAGAGGAGGACAUCGAGGUGUCUUCGACGUUGACUCCGUUUUGCACCCCUUUGGAAAUCGAGGCGUUAGCUGGCUGGACACUGUUGCGCAUGAUGCAGCUGCAGGAAGCACCUAAUAAAGAGUGUGUGGAUACCCAAACCCGAUUCAACUGCCGGUUCGACUGUUUCCUCAAAGACCGUGCGUUCAAUCAAGCUACGACCCAAGGGGUGGGUAGCACCCAAGGGGAGGGUGAAGAUCCUACGGGAGUUUAUGUUCCGGAAGACAUUAAGAAAUUGUAUCGAUUGCAGAGGAACAACCGGCAGGAGCUGCCUGUGAGUUACAACGAGUUUCGGGAGAUGAUGUUGCACGUGAAGAAGGUGGCUGAGGGUCACUCCACUAAGCGGUCGGGUCAAGGUGCGUUUUUGGUUAACAAUAGCGCAAUCUGUUCUCUCAUGGACCCGCACCAAGGGACCAUUCCGGUGGCCUUGAAAACCAGUUUAUUUUUUUCCGUAUGCGCCGGCGAACGCAAGUUGAUCGAGGCCCACCAUGCCCGUCCCUUCAAGCAGUCCGGACCAGGACAUAACGUGUCUGCCACACUGUUCACCAAACACCGGCCCUCCGACCGCCGGUUUACAAUUUUCAGCUUCACAGUCGCAGCACACUCCACACCUUCACUCGAACGGUUCGAAUCCACCGGCACGCGGUUCUCCGAUCCCAAGUAUUGGAGCUUCGUCGACGACGUCACACCCACCAAGAACCGUAUCGCCGCAACCCUGCAUCAACUCUCAGGUAUCCAACCCGGUGCAAGUGUGCUGCACGGUGCGGUUGAAGACGGCGUGGACGUUUUAGAACGCUUGUUCGGAUCGGGUCGUCGGUUCCCCAUUCCGCCCACCUUCCUCGAUCCGGACGCCCGGAGCAGUCUGCGCGAACGGCUCGAUUCAAAGGGGUUCGAAGUCGCGCCAGGCGUGCACCUCUACGUCGAGGACUGGCCCAGCAACCUUCGCACCGCCGGCAACGCGGAGUGCGACGACAACUCCAUUCUCGGCCUCUGCUCCACUUGCGGUACUGCAGCGCCCUGCGAGACCCACUUGGUCGCCACCCAUCCCGACAAUGUCAUCAAAGAGGCUGGUACUAAACGAGAAGCGCGGCGGCUAGGCCAGAUAGCUCGACUCGACCACCUGCGGCACGUGACCCUCUGCGUCGGACCGUACGCCUUCCACUCCCUUACGGGUUGCGGCGAACACUUUCUCCGGUUCGUUUUCGAUGACUGGCUAAAGUGUGUGCCAUGGACCACAAACAUCCCCAACUAA